AUGUUCAAAGAUAAGCUUCACAUAGUUGUAUAACAAAGUAUUCAAAAUUCAAUAUAACACAAUUCGUCUAUAUUUAUCAUAUUUAUUUAAAUACUUAACUUUCUUAAUCUCCUUAUCAAUUAGAAACGUUUUAUGAUGUUUAAAGCUGAUAGAAUGCAAAUUUCUUUUAUGAAAUCAUAGAAAUAGGAAUAACAAUUCAGGAUACUAACAUAAUUACAGUCAAGCACGAAAGUAGAGUUUAAAAAAGAGACGCAUUAAAUAAAAAGAUAAUAAUGUAUCCGAUGA